GCCACUCUUUUCAUUUGCCAUCUGCACACACAUCACCGGCGAAACACAGACAUGGUGACGCUAAAGCUGCAGAAGCGGCUCGCCUCCAGCGUAUUGAAGUGCGGCAAGGGCAAGGUUUGGCUCGAUCCUAAUGAAGUCAACGAAAUCUCCAUGGCCAACUCCCGUCAAAAUAUCAGGAAGUUGGUCAAGGAUGGUUUCAUUAUCAGGAAGCCUACUAAGAUUCACUCACGUUCCCGUGCACGCCGCAUGAAGGAGGCUAAGAGAAAGGGACGUCACUCUGGAUAUGGUAAGCGUAAGGGUACCAGGGAAGCUAGGUUGCCCACUAAGAUUCUGUGGAUGCGGAGGAUGAGAGUGUUGAGACGUCUUCUCCGCAAGUAUCGCGAGGCGAAGAAGAUUGACAAACACAUGUACCAUGACAUGUACAUGAGGGUCAAGGGUAAUGUGUUCAAGAACAAACGUGUGUUGAUGGAGAGCAUUCACAAGUCCAAGGCUGAGAAGGCCAGGGAGAAGACCCUGUCCGACCAGUUUGAGGCCAAGAGAGCAAAGAACAAGGCUAGCAGGGAAAGGAAGUUUGCUAGGAGAGAAGAACGACUUGCUCAGGGACCUGGAGAGAAGGUAGCGCCACCCACAGCUGCUGCUCCUGCACCGACAGCUCAGCCAGCACAGGCUACUAAGAAAACAAAGAAGUGAAAUCCUUGACGACUAGCUUUCGAUACUGGAGCCUUGGCAUUGUGGCUAUUGUUUUGCUAGGAUUUUACCCCAACUUUUUUGAUCUCUUGCUUUUGAGUUGUCUUCAUCUUAUAACUAUGUUGUUUAGUGAAAGGAGUAUUGACAUAUGUUUCCAUACUUUGAUUUAUACUAUUGUUUUUCUUUUUA